UUACCCGCAGGCCGCAGCCCACACGGGCUAUUCGAGUUUCUUUUUUUAGCAUAAAACUACACCACUAUAUAAACCCCCCACUCUCAGUAGUGGUAGGGUUUCGUUUUUCACCUCACCAGCGUCUCCUGUGUGUGAUCAUCAGCCGCUCCACGUCUUAUCCCUUGCCACCCUCCCGCACCCGUGUUCCUCUUUCCGGUCGGUGUUGUACAACAAAUGUCUUUUGAUUUCUGUGGGAAGAAGCAUCAAUUCUUUGUUCGGGCUGCAUUCUUUUUCAUGAACCAGGGAAAGUUGUGGUGUGCUUUGAAGAUUUUAUUUCGACAUUGGACUUGACAUAUGCUGUUUAAAAUGUUCGUGGGAGGUUUCUAGGUGAGGGAGAUAGAGAAAGCUGUUUAACUAGUUUUUCCGUUCGCUAGUUGUUAUCAAACUUAGUGCAAUCAUUUUUCUUGCUCUUUUUAUUUUUCUGGAUCUCAGACAAUACCGUUGUCAGUUGGUAUUUGCUUUUCUGAGGAUCAGAGGGUGGGUGGGGGUGGGUGGAAUUCAGUUUUGCAAUACUGCAAUCUUCUACCGCCUUCACUCAAUGGCAAGCGCAACCCUUGCUCCAGGGUUUCGCUUUCAUCCAACGGAUGUAGAGCUGAUAAUGUACUAUCUAAAAGGGAAGGUUACUGGAAGAAAGUUUCCCGCUGAAGCGAAGCGUGCUAUAACAGAUCUCAAUAUUUGUCAGUACUCUCCAUGGGAUCUUCCAGAUAAAUCUACAUUAAAAAGUAAGGACCGGGAGUGGUAUUUCUAUUGCCAAAGAGAGAGGAAGUAUGCAAUUGGGUCACGAACAAAGCGUGCAACAGACACUGGUUACUGGAAAGCAACAGGGAAUGAUAGAAUUGUUAAAUAUGAAGGAAGAACUGUUGGGAUGAUUAAAACUUUGGGUUUUUACCAGGGUCAUCCACCCAAAGGGAAAAGAACAGAUUGGGUUAUACAUGAGUACCGGAUGGAGGACCAGAUUUUGGUAGAUUCAGGAAUUGUUCAGGACACAUAUGUCAUUUGCAAAGUUUUUGAGAAGCCAGGUUCUGGUCCAAAGAAUGGCUCACAAUAUGGAGUUUUUAAGGAGGAAGAUUGGGAAGACAAGGAAGCAUGUGGUAAGACAGAUCUUUCUGCUGCAUCUCCUGCAAUUGAUGCUCAUACUGAUUGCCAAAGCUGCCCUGUCGUGACUAGCGCAUACGAGCUAGACUGUACUUCUAAAUUUUGCGCGGUUAAACCGACCUUACCAUUUGCUGAACAUGGCUUAUCACUGGCUGAACUUAGUACCAAUGAAGUGCAACCUCAUAAUGCUUUUCUAGAAGAUACUGGCUUGGUACCUACUGUGAUCAACAGUAACGAGAAUUGUAGUGGUAUGGAGCAAGCAAGAGGUGCUGAGAUACAAUGCAAUGUGAGAGAAGAUAUGUGUGAUAGAUACGGGAAGUUUGAUGACUUGUUUGCAGGAUUGGAUGAGAGCAUAAUGAAUAUCUCUGGAAGUUGGGCAGCAGCAGCACCUGUUGAGCAUCCUGCAAACACCACAAUGCCUCUGCAGGAUGGUACUGCGGGUGGGCUGGAUCUCUCUGAUAUCCCUUUUGAUAUGUGUAAUAGCCUAUUAGGAGGCUUGAAUGGCUGUGAAGAAGAGAGCAUAUGUUUCCCUGGAUUUUGGGCCCCAGAGGGUGGUGGGUAUCCUCAUAAUAAUUUCCCAGCACCAGAGGGCACCAGUAAUCAUAGUCUUGCAUGUCCUGAGACCCCCCUGACGAAUGCUAAUUAUAUGGAGUUAGAUGAUCUGAUGAAGCCAUUGUUCAUGUCACAAAAUUAUGAUGAUGCUGGUCAGUGUGAAAUGCUCACAGAUUAUUUUCCAUCAUACAACUCCUUCAUCGACGAAAGCAACUUUCCUGGCUGCAGUUUUCCUCCAUAUAGCUUCAGCCCAAAACAGUGAUCUUCCUAAAGAGCAAUAUACAUCUAAAAGGCAGUUAUCUGAAUUUUAGACUGCUGCGAAGGCCUUAAAAUGCAGCUCACUGCACAUACGUGCUUUCAAAUUUUCUGGAUGUGUAGUACCAAGGCACAUUCAGCCAGUUGUGUUAUUAAUCUCUUUAGCGCACUGCACAUCCACAGGCUGUGGACCACAGCUGUUUUCUUUACUCUGAUGAUGCUAACAAUUGAUUGAUGGUAGAUGUGCUUGAUUGAUGGUGGAUGUGCUAAAUUUGUUCAUUUAUUCAUCUACGAUUAUUGACAAGUUUUGCAAAGUAUUAUAUGAUGAAGUUGAUUUCUAGUGCAUAACUAUUGAUUUCUCUGCUGUGUUUAUAAUAAUG